UCUCUUCGCGAAAUCCCAAUAUUUAUGAAACCCUAAGAUUUCUUCUCUUUGAAAGAGUUUCAUGGAUCACUUCAAAAGACAACCAGCGGAGAUUACAGUGGACAUAUUAAGCAGAGUACCCACUGAAUCUGUUCUGGAAUGCAAAUCAGUUUGCACAGAUUGGAAUAAUCUUAUUUCACAUCAUCCAUCAUUCUCCAUGAUGCAUUUUCAUCGUCAUAAGGAUUCUACUGAUGAUUCUGGUAUGUUGGGUUUCAUUGUUUUGAUUAAUAACUUAGGGCCUAAAAGAUUUUAUUAUGUAGAAUAUAAUGAGAACGACGACGCCAUUCAGAGAAUUAGGAUGAUGAAUAUAACCUCUCCGUUCCGAGAAAAAAAGCAUGACUAUAUUGAUUGAUUCCAUUAAUAGCUUGAUCUGUCUUUAUGUUGAGCGAUCUAUUUGUAUUUGCAACCCCAUCACUAAGGAAUUUGCGAUGCUUCCGGAUAGUAAGGGUAAGAGUAACAACAGGUAUAGCUUUAAGAGUAUGAGUAACAGUAACAGGUAUCGCUUUGUUUAUGUUUCUUCAACCAAUGAAUACAAAGUUGUGGGAAUAUAUCCCUCGAAGACGACUGGGUUUGUAAAAGUCCGUAUAUUCACGCUAGGCAGUGGCAGUGGAUGGAGAAACCUUGGGAAGGUCAAUUCUGAAUUCAGUAGCUAUACUUGGACUAGUCCUGGUGUCUUUGCCAAUGGAGCACUAUAUUGGGUAGAUGCUGUAUUCGAUAAGAUCGCUAUCUUUGAUUUGGCUGAGGAAAAGUUUUGCGAGAAAAAACUUCCCCCACCACCAGACCUGUAUUGGAAAUAUAGUAUAAUAGGGGAUAAGAAUGUGUCUUUCUGCUUGAGUGUUCCAGGAGAUGAAUUGUAUGACUUGUGGAUAUUAAAAAACAUGAAAGAUGGAGAGUCAUUGGUUUGGAGUAAAGAGGGUAGGUUCGCUGACAACGAUGAUCACGAAUUAUUAACCCUUAGGAAGAGCGAACGUGUUAUAGGUUAUAGUCCUUAUUAUCUCAGCAGCUGCUCUAUUAAAACUCCAAUCUGGAAACAUCUUUUGGAGUUCAAGGAUGAUGGUGUUCAAGUAUGCCUUCACAAAAACACUUUAGUUUCGCUGAAAGAAUUAGGCAAAGCAGAUAAAACAGUAAUGCAGUGAAUUGAAAUUAAUGAUAAAGAUGGGGACCCUGAUUACAUAUGCUUAUAAACUUUCAAGGAUCCAAUUUGUUAAUAGUUGUUUAUGUUUAUGUCUAGUGUUUUGAUACUGCUAUAACGCAUUAUUGUUUGAACAGGUACUGAAGUUUGUCUUUAUUUGUUAAUAAAUAACACGAGAACAUAGAAUAGGUUGGUGCAGGUCAUAUUAGACCAUUCUAGUUCUGGAAUUCAAUGCCGUAUGCUUCUUUAUCCUAGUCCCAACUUUACUCUUUCCUGCAAAGUCCAUGACCUUUUCAGAAUACUGCAAAUAUUUUCUUUAAAUCUAACAUUGUUGUUGCUCGCUAAUGUGUCUCAUGUGUAUGGAGUUCAUAAUUACAUUUGAAGUUUUCUUAAUAAAAUUUCCAUCUUCAUUGGAUCCUACAAAAUUAAAAUUUCCAUGAACUGUUUCAAAGUCCUGUGACGAAAAUGUUUUGAAGUCUGGUGAAUCCCAUGAUGUGAUGAAUGAAGAGUCGUUGAGCUUCAAAAACAUGGCACCGGUCUUUUCACGUAAUAUUUCCACUUAUUCUUCUCAGCCAGGUGAAUCAGUAGCAUGUCUUCAUCUAUGCUGAACUUUGUCUGAAGGAAGAAUUGGCGGUUCACUCGAUCUAACACCUGACCUCAUCAGAUCAUAUGUCUCUUUGCAGUUUAUCCGAUGUGUUAGAUCUGCAGAAAAGGUUUUUGUCUACACCUUAUGAAGAUUGCAUAUUAAGAUGGAUUUGAAGAAUCGCUACUAUCCUUAAAGAAACAUUGAGGGCUUUGGAAUACCUUUAUUGGCACGGGUAUAUACAUCAAAUUUUGUUUAUUACCUUUACUUGUAUCACUCUUUUACUAGUUUAUGAAUCAUUAAGGGAAUGCAUCUAUGUAUGGUAA